GGCUGGCAGGAAUUAGUGUAUAUGAUGCUGGAAACCUCUGGAGACAAAUUUCUCAUGACUGGAAGGUCUCUAAUAGAUGUCCCCUUCAAGUCUUUAUCAAGAAAAUGACUUUGACGAGAACGAUGGGUCAGGAAGACCAGUGGGAAACUCCCUAGGAGCGAGACCUGGAAAAUGUACGCUUCCAAAGAAAGGUAUAAUCGGAGAACUCAAAGAAAGAAAAUCCAUCAUGUUUGCCCUCAGAAGGGUAAAAAGAUUUUUAUUCAGGUACAUGAGAUUACUCGGAUAGAUGAUCGGAUAUACCAGUGCCUUGAACGUGAGCAAAACUUCUGUGAAAACCUAGCUCUUAUUAUGUGCGAACGAACCCACUCUGGGGAGAAACCUUAUCGCCGUGAUAUGUGUGAGAAAACCUUCCCCCAGGGCUCAGAUCUCGUGUCGCAUCAGAGGCUCCACGGCUACGAGAAGCCCUACAAAUGCAGCAAAUGCGAGAAGAGCUUCUGGCACCACCUGGCCCUGUCGGGGCACCAGAGGACGCACGCGGGGAAAAAAUACUACACGUGUGACGUCUGCGGCAAGAACUUCGGCCAGAGCUCGGACCUGCUGGUGCACCAGCGGAGCCACACGGGCGAGAAGCCGUACCUGUGCAGCGAGUGCGACAAGUGCUUCAGUCGCAGCACCAACCUCAUCCGGCACCGGCGGACGCACACGGGCGAGAAGCCCUUCAAGUGUCUGGAGUGCGAGAAGGCGUUCAGCGGGAAGUCGGACCUGAUCAGCCACCAGCGGACCCACACCGGGGAGAGGCCCUACAAGUGCACCAAGUGCGACAAGAGCUACCGGCACCGCUCGGCCUUCAUCGUGCACAAGCGGGUCCACACGGGCGAGAAGCCCUACAAGUGCGGCGCGUGCGAGAAGUGCUUCGGCCAGAAGUCGGACCUGAUCGUGCACCAGCGGGUGCACACGGGCGAGAAGCCCUACAAGUGUCUGGAGUGCAUGCGGUGCUUCACGCGCAGCGCCAACCUCAUCCGGCACCAGGCCACGCACACGCACGCCUUCCGGUGCCUGGAGCACGACCCGGGUUUCGGCCGCGGCCCCGACCUCAUCGUCCGCCAGCGGAUCCACGUGGACGAGAAGCCGCGCCAGUGGGCGGCCUGCGACGGCGGCUUCCUCCUGGGCAUGGACUUCGUGGCGCAGCAGAAAAUGCGGACUCAGACCGAGGAGCUGCGGUGCCGGUACAGCGCCCGCGACAAAGGCUUCCACCAGGCUGCGGCGGCGCUCGGUCCGCAUCCCGCGGGCCACGCCGGUGACAAACCCUACCUGUGUCACGUGGGUGAAAAAGGCCUUGAGCUGAGCCCCCCGCAUGCGGCAGACGCCUCGCAGAUGUCUUGACCAGACUGAAAUUUUAUUAUUAUUAUUUUUUAAUUUUUUUGGUCUGUUUGUUUGCUUUUGGGGUCACACCUGGCCAUGCACAGGGGUUACUCCUGGCGGUGCUCAGGGGACCACGUGGGAUGCUGGGACUCGAACCCGGGUCAGCCGCAUACAAGGCAAACGCCCUACCCACUGUGCUAUCGCACCAGCCCCCUAUUAUUAUUUUUUUAAUGUACAUGUUUAAGACUCAUUAAGAUGGAAAGAAAACGCUUAGGUAAAUCUCAGACUUUCCUCAGACCUGAGUGGGGACCAGAGAAUCUGCAGUUGGAGGCAGUGAGAUGGUUUGCGCAGAGCUGCCUGACAGGACCCCUUACUAGUCACUCCAGUGAGAAACCGUACAGAUGCCCCGAGUUUUGGUAAAGCGUUAGUUGAGUUCAUACGUGAGCACCUCCAAGGGGCUCGGGAUUCCGAGAUGAGAACCCUUCCGAGGCAAUGAGUGUGAGCUUUCUGGAGCGCGCCCCCCUUUCCAUUCUAAGGGAAUUCAUACCGAGGGCAGCUUUUCCAGUAUCCUCAAGGUCAUCUGGGCCUCGGGCCGGAUGCACAGCCCUCUGGACUUCAGAAAACCCACAAUGAGGAGAAAGCUCGGCAAGAGCGAAACAAGCCAUCAGAAUUCUGACUUAGUCAUCAGUGAAGCCAGACUCGGGGAAAUUUGUGUGUUUCUCCUGAAUGGGGCAAAAACAGGGGCUUGGAGCGUCUUUUGGGGUUCUUAACAAAAAUGACCUGUUCUAAAGAAAGACCUUCCAAAGUGAAUGACAAAAUUUCUAUCAGUGACCAGCUCUUGUGGUAGUACUCCGGGGAACUCAGAUAAGUUCAGACUAAUACCAAAUCUGAAAAAAGAAA